AUGGCAGCGGCGACAGCGGGUUACGAGUGGAACCGUUCCUCGCCGCUGCGCUCCUCGCCCGACACGUCCUCUUCUACGUACCCCGACCGGCCGAUUCGCCCUCUACCAGCACGUUCCCUGCGUGCGAGACUGUCUCCAGAGCAGGCCGAGUCGAUCGUGUUCCCCAAUAACCCGCCCUCUACAGGGCCGCUGUUCAACUUCCCGUACACGUCCAGUGAGCGUGGCAAUAGGGCUUUGAGGACGGGCGAGAACGACCACCAUGCGUGCCACUGCGGCCAUACUCAUUCUGAAGUAGAGAGCGAAGAGGACGAGGACAUGCGGAGAGGUCCACAGCCUUCGUCUCCAAGCUACCAUUACAGCAGGAGUGCAUCUGGGAGGUCUGCAGUCGCGGCGUCAAGCUAUCACAAGCCAGGCUCUGCCGCAUCUUCGGUUGAUGGCUACGAGUCGUUCGAGAACACAAACAACAAGAAAAAGCGGAAGAUUCCAAACAUGGGCAACAACAGCUCGCAUCACGCGACACUCUCAGCGGACGUGGCAAGCAUGAGCAUCGCAAACCACGAGAACGGCGAGGUCGAUGAUGGGACUGUACGCUAUGGCUCAGCGCCGUCAACGCCGCAGCACAACAGCUCUGGGACGGGCAUCGCAGGCGCAGGCAGAGGAAGAUUUGGCCGAUCUGGUUCAGGACGCUCAGAACGACGAGUGCUGGGAACUUCAACCAGCCUGGCCAACACCAAAGCAAGCAAACGUCCUUCGGAGCAGAACGGCAUCAUCUCCACAGCCAUUGCCAACGCACAAGCAACCCCGCCACCGCAGGGCAACGAGAACGUCAGUCUGCUGCAUCAAGAGGCUGCGAAAAGUAGCGCAACCAAGACUCAAUUCACCUUCACCUGUGGCUCUGACUCAGCAAACAAGAUGGUCUGGCCCGGCCAGGAAAACGGGCCGUACCCUCAGCCCCCGGGCGCGUAUCCCACCACGACCGCGCCUCCGCCGCCCCACCCUCAGACUGCGCGCGCUCGCCCUCCCGUUCGACCAGACGCCCCUGCUGUAUCGACACAGGGUACCCAGACAAGCCCAAGCAUGAAUGGAGCACAUCCUCCCGCAAAUAGGGGUGCGCCGCCACCCAAGGGUGCGCAGCCUCCGCAGCAGGCGCCUCCACCCCGCAAGCCUAGACGCAGUGCCUCGAAGCUUUAUGCAUAUGCUGCUCGCAAACGACGGACGCAACAGGAGUAUGCGAACUUUCACAACCCUCCCAGCCAGCCCUGGAUCUGCGAGUUCUGCGAAUACGAAGACAUCUUUGGACGUCCUCCCGAGGCCUUGAUCCGGCAGUACGAGAUGAAGGACAGGAAGGAGCGGCGUCGACUCGCCGAGAAGCGUCGGUUGCUGGAGAAGGCAAGGAUGAAGGGACGGAAGGGCAAGAAGGCAAGCAAGAAAGCCCAGAACAACGCAAGCAACGCCCAACAUCCUCAGAAUCCUCCUGCCGGUGGUUAUGACCGUCGCGAUGACGGCUCGCUAGGUCCGGACGACGAUUACGACGAUGAUUAUGGCGACUACGACGAUGGUGGGCCGUCGCAGGGUCACACGUGUUGUCAUCAUACUUGUCAACAUUCGCAGCCGCCACCAAAGGUUCCUCCACUACCUCCUGGAGAUUCGCGGCUGGGCAUGCAGCCUAUUAGCAAUGGUGCCUAG